AUGGCGUGGGGAAGUUCGAGCAAGUUGCAGAAGGUGAAUAUCGUGAGCAAUAAUUACUCUAGGUAUGGGACCUCAGUAUACAAUAAAUUGUACUCUGAUUCUCCUAACACCAAGAAAGAGAACAUCACUAGGACGAGUUCAUCAUCAUAUAAACAUGGUACUGUGAGUAAAGAUGCUGGUAUUAGUAGUACUAAAAGUACUGGUGCUACUAGAAAUAUGGCAACUUCAACUAUUCCUGACAACUAUCUAGAGCCAAAAAACGACAGUAACAAAAACAUAAAUAAUGAUGCUGAGACUGAUUCUGUAAGGAAAUCUAAAUCUAAAUCAAAGAUGAGAUCAAAAUAUAAAUCAUUAAUUACAUCGUCUUCAAGGAAGAUAAAGAGUAAAUUGAGAGACUCUUCCUCUGAUUCGUUUUCAAUUUUUUCUUCGAAAUCACAUAAUAGUAUAAAGAAAAAUAGACGUAGGUCAGUAUCGUCAUCUAUGAAAAAUCAACAACAAGGUUGUUUCGUGGAAUUGUUCCCUGUGGUAUUCCCAGAGAUAUUGGCAGAUAUCAAUGAAUUACCUUCUGAGAUUCUAACCCAUAUCAUGUCGAUGACCUUUGUUUCAACUCAGGAUAUCUUAUCUUUAACUUUAGUCUCAAGAAAAUUUAAUGCUGCUGCUAAAUUAGUAUUGUAUAAGAACCCAGAAUUUACUUCAACUUAUAGGGUUGCACAGUUCGUUACAUCAUUAAGAUUACAUCCAGAUAAUGGGAAAUAUGUUCGUUCUUUAGAUUUGUCUCAUUUAAAGAAUGGGAUCAUUCCUAAAAUUAUUAAUAACAACAAUAACGACACCGAAUCGAAAGAGAAUAGUCCACCUCCAUCACAAAUCGUAGGACCUGACUAUUUUGAUGAUAAUAUUGCCUUUGCUGGCUGGAGGGAUUGGAGACAUAAAAACGAAUCCCCAGCGUUAAACAGUUAUAAUUUAAAGAGAGCAAUUUCAAGACCUUCAUCAAUUUCAUCUAUGGCAUCCUCAUCUGCAACAUCGGUCGCUACUAAUGGCAAUUAUUCAAUUGGAUUUAUUGAUAAUGACAAAUCUCCAGGAUCUCGUGGGAGAACAAGAUCGUCAAGUUCUGUAAGUUCCAUUACAAGUAGUAUAAUGUCUACUUUCCAAAAUAAUUCUCAUGUCUCCUUGACAUCUGCUAAUUCUAACCCUUCUACGAGAUCUUCAUCAAGAAACAGAAGUAGCUCUAUUGUAUCAUCUUCGAGACAAAGAGCAAAUUCGGUGGUUUCAUCCAAUGGGAAUAUUAGUCAAACAAAAACACCAUUAACUAAUGACAAAUCGUUAAAUAAAAACUCCAAUUCGAUGAAUUCUAUUUCAAAAUGGUACAAUAUGAAACUGAGACCCAAACACAGAAGAGCAGGUUCUUCUUCAUCUGCUGCAAUUAUAGCUAGAAAGGAGAGAACUCCACCACCUACGGUACUAACACCUGCUGAGACAACAAUAUCAACCAUAACACCUUCAUCAACUGCAUUAGCUGGAUCCAUCCAAGAUUCUCCUUCAAUGGGGAAUGGUAUCUUGCAAAAAGAGUCUGAUCAAUCUUCAUCGUCACCUUCACAAAACAAUAAUCCCUCGAUUUCAUUUUUAUUAGAAAAACCAUUGAAAUCACGUCAUCCAUAUACCAGUAGAACAUUAUUGAAAUACGCUCCUUAUCGUGAUUUACCAUUGGGGUAUAUCCUACAUAUAUUGAACAAUUGUCCUAAUUUGGAAGAUAUUAACUUAUCUAAUAUUGUUUUAUUCAAUGAUUUUAAAGUGAUCAAUUGUACACCCGUAAGAAAGAUUAGUUCUUUAUUAUUACCUGCGGUUAGAGAGUCUGAAAUAGCUUCUUCGGCAGAGGAUUCUCUUGAAGUGGUUUAUAUGACUGAUUCUAAUAAGAAUAUUGAAACUUAUGAUCAAGUCAAUGAUGAUGGUUCAAUUAUUGAACAUAGAAGAAAUUCGAGUGUUACAAUUAAUAGUUCGUGGUAUACUUCAGCUACUACAAAGCCUGAUGAUUACCCUAAACCAAUCGAUUCAAAGACAAAAAACAGAGAAGGCAUCAGACGUCAAUCUAAGAAUAGAGAUCAAUUAAUGAAAUUAAAUCCAUCCACUAUAUUUGAAAGUUUAUUAGAUAUUAAUAAAUAUAGUUCUUUGAAAACUGUGCGUAUGGAUGGUAGUGUCUGGUGUAGACAAAACAUGGUUAAGUACUUUAUACUAGGUACUUUUGCCAAUAAUGAUAAAAGAUGUGAUUAUGAGAAUAAAUCAAUGUCCCUAAGUUUCUUAAAAUCUGGUAUGAAUAGAAACUUCCCUUGGUCAUGUAAAGGUAACCUACAUGAUGUGACCACUAUCAUUGUUCUUGACGAAAUAUUAAAGAUGGAUGACUUCCAAUUAGAAGAGUUAUAUAGAAUCAAAACUGAAAAAUAUUAUGAAGCUAUGAUGAAAACUCAUGAUGUUUCGAUUUUAGAGACAUCAAACAUUUUACCAAUUAAAUAUGGUAAUACAGAAGAGGAAACAAACCAUAUUAAUUUUAGGCUGACUAUCAUUAAAAGUGACCGUCCAACAACUUAUAAGAUCUCGAGAGUUACCUCUCAAAAUGUCUCCAUAAGUGUUAGACUCUGUAAGGAUGAAAACUUCAACAGGGUUACAUCACGGAACGAACAUUUACCAAAGGAUCCAAUUCAAAGAAUUGAUCGUUUAACACACGCAUUGAUCGCUAGAGUUUGGGAAUUGAGAAAUACUGAGUUGAGAAGAAAUAUUGGAGAAAAUAAUUACUAUAGAGGUGAUUAA